UUCAGGGGAUCACUGACUUUGGAGAGGGUAGAUCGAGUGGUAGGGAAUGGUUGACGGUUAGCGAAGAGAGGAAGCACGCCGGGACGGAGGGAGACAGAUGGAAGGUGAAAGGGAACGGGUGAAAUGCAGACGGUACAAGAUCGGUUCGGUUGGGGCCGAGUCUUAGGUCCCAGUGGCCCUGUGUACGCGCGAUCGUCGCGAUGCUAAGGACAACACGCUCGUACGACCGUCUUUUCGCGAGCACGUCCGAUAGAACUUAUUAGGAGUACGGCCUCUAUCUCCCCUCCCACAAGCCGCGACGUCAAUCCUAGCGGGACACUAGCGAGCUGGAUCGCGCGUCUAUACACACCAGCUCGUAUAUAUACCUGGGUAACACCGAAAAAACCUGGCCAGUCGUUACGACGCCUGUCACCGAUCCACGCGCGGUUUUUCUUGCUCCGUGAUCCCUCAUUGCCAACCCGUCGUUGUUUACCUCCGCGAGAUCCUCGAUUGGGCACACCUGACAAUUGCCCAAUUGCUUCCUUGGGACACCGAUCGUUGAACCGAAGAAUCGAAGAGGAUUAAACAGACUCUCCAGUUGACAUUGAAAGUGGAAGACCAGGAAGGAAUUUCGUAUUCGAACCUGGUCGAAGGAUAGAGUCUGACAGCUGGGGCCUGGAAAGAGGAUUGACAGUGACGGAGUAAGUACAGUAGCGUGAAGACGAUAGUCAGAUAAUCCUGGAAACGAAGACUGUUCGAAAUCCACAUCGACCAAGUCAUCGGAAUUGUACUCCUCGAUCGCAUCUCAAGGAUCUCGUCGCAAGGUUCUACCCUAAAACGGUGACAGAGCGUUACUCGCGUGAGCCUAGUUAUCCCUAGACUGGCGUGCAGGGAUCACCAGGACGCGAUAAGGAUAGGAUUAAUCGUUGAAUUGGCAGUCGGGAUAGAACGUUGGUGGAAACAGAAGCACUCGAAGAUUGCAGUGAGCUGCGAGCACCGGGAUCAUCUCUAUCGUCGGUUAAUAAAUCAAACCGCAUGACAGCAGCUGAGACUGCAAGAUCCGUUGAUAAAUCAUUAUCACCCUCGAGAUUACCAGUGUUCGUGUAGAGGUAAAUAACGUAAGAGCAGAGGCUGGAAUAAUCGAAGGUGGAUUGCUGAUCGAGGAAGGAUUUCUCUCUGGUGAGGUUAGGUCGAGGAUGUGAAUUGCAAGUUGUUGGUAGCUCGAGCCAGUCUAUUUGCCUUCUUGCCAAGGAAAAACGCCGGUUAAGGAAGUCGUGUGAGGUUUCUCAUCGGGAUCUAGAAUCCAAGCAACACGUAAAUCAUGGGGAAAGAUACAAAGGAGCAAGUCACUGGCAGUCCCAUGCAGGAGUUCAGUAGCAGCACAAAAAUCGCCAGUGUAUCAAUUGGAGAAUUCAACGAGAAGGAUGAACUGUAUAAUCCCUUUGAACAUCGUGAUAAGAAAAAUACCAAUUCAGACUUUGGUUCGCUGGCUCACCUACUGAAAUCGUCCCUGGGCACAGGAAUCCUCGCCAUGCCGCACGCGAUUAAGAACGGCGGAGUAGUGUUCGGUGGCAUCGGCACGAUACUAAUCGGAAUAAUAUGCGCGCAUUGUGUCCACAUUCUGGUCCGUACGUCCCAUGUGCUAUGCAAACGAACGAAAACGCCACAGAUGACGUACGCUGAAACCGCUCAGGCUGCGUUUCUUUGCGGCCCGAAACCGCUCAGGCCUUUCGCCAACGCUAGUCGAAUAUUCGUGAACGCUGCAUUGUGCGCCACCUACGUAGGCGGCAGUUGCGUCUACCUGGUCUUCGUCUCGACUUCGCUGAAACAGGUGGUGGAUUAUUACAGCAACAUGAUCAUACCGAUUCGCUUGUACAUACUCACCCUGAUCCCCGCAGUGCUGCUGUUGGGUCAGGUGCGAAAUUUGAAGUACAUGGUGCCAUUCUCCAUAAUGGCCAACCUCUGCAUGAUAGUCGGCUUUGCGAUAACCCUGUACUACAUCUUCAACGGGAUCGAAAUAUCGCCGGACGUGAAGUUGAUCGCGCCGGUAAAGCAGUGGCCUACGUUUCUUGCAACUGUGCUCUUCGCCAUCGAGGGCAUCGGUGUCGUAAUGCCUGUGGAAAACAGUAUGCGGAAUCCGCAUCAUUUCCUUGGUUGCCCAAGUGUCCUUAAUAUAACGAUGACUAUAGUGGUGUCUCUAUACACCACACUGGGUGUGUGCGGUUAUUUAAAAUACGGAGCAGCAGUUCUGGGAAGUAUCACGCUGAACUUGACAACGACAGAGAUACCCGGGCAAAUAGUGAAACUGCUCAUCGCUUUGGCAGUUUUAUUCAGCUAUGGAUUGCAAUAUUUCGUGCCAAUGGACAUCAUGUGGAACUCUAUGAAAGACAUGUGCAGCCAUAAGUAUCAAGGAAUAUCUCAGACGGCGAUGAGAAUAGUCAUGGUCUUAUUUACCAUUUUUGUGGCAUUAUUAGUUCCGGACCUGGGACCGUUUAUUUCCCUAGUCGGAUCAGUAUGUUUUUCCAUCCUGGGCAUCACGAUCCCAGCAGUGCUAGAAACGGUUUCGCGCUGGUACGGCCAUCUGGGUAAGUACAACUGGAGGCUUUGGAAGAACUCUUCGCUUGUGUUGCUCUCCCUCAUAGCGCUAGUGUUCGGUUCAUGGAUCUCCAUCGUAGAGAUAAUCGAACUGUAUCGUUGAAGCGAUAAGCGUAUUUAUACGGAAGAAAGACUUGAUUACAUUAAUCCUGAUGGACAAGAAGUAUUAAGAAAGGAGCAAGUGAAAAGAAAAUGGUGUACAGGAUAUGUAGGAAACCAUAGAACAUAACGAACUGUGUCACUUUUAACACGUUGACUGCUAGAUCAGUUCUACAGUACGUUCAUUUUUAUCUGCAGACGUGUAAAUACAUUUAAAAAUACAUAUGCGUGAUAUAGAAAAUUACUUCAAGUAAAUAUCGUAGAAUAUCAAGAGAAUAUGUAAUGAUAAUAUUCAUUUAACUUUGUAAUGACAUUGAAGAUCUUAUAUUUUUCAUUAAAUAUUUUUAUAGAUCGAUUAUCGAUCAUUAUCGAGAUACGAAGUGUGAAGGUCGACAUAUUAUCAUAAUUAUAGUUAACUAAACUGUACCUAAACUCUAUUGAUUAGGUUGUUCUGUCAGACUACUGUAUCAAUGGUUCCAGAACAAAUGAUGGCAUAUGAAAAUUAAAUAUUCACAAAUAAUUGUAAUUUUAGAAAUAAUUUAAUGUUAGCUAUAAAAUUUGCAAUAACAAAUAUAUAGAUUUAUGCGUAAACAUUUAAACACGUCCUUCAUAGUAUUUACACGUUCUCAGAUAAAAUAAACACACUGUAUAUAACUUGCUUACGAAGAUGAAAUAAGCCUUUUGUUUUAUCACACACAUCCUAAUA